ACAGCUUGUGCGUAUACAUUUACAUAAUACCGCCCCUUUUCGAUAAACCACGCCGCAAGUCAUCUGCGCCCCUCCCGUCAAAUCGGAUACUGCUGAAGUGGUCAGACCGGCGAGGCUUUGCAGUAAGGCGAUCAAGAGGGAUGAAGCCGAUUUUCGAGGCCGGGGCCUCGUCUAUGUGGGCUUCAUGUUGUGGUCUAAUCAAUGAAGUAAUGGGCACUGGAGCAGUGCGAGGCCAGCAGCCAGGAUUUGGACCAGGAGCUGGGCCUUUCAGGUUUGCCCCUAAUGCUGGCUAUUCAACAUACCCUCCACCAUCUCCUGGAAACGCAACUAUAGUUUGCAAGGCCUGUGGAUUAACAUUCUCCGUAUUCAGGAAAAAGCAUAUCUGUUUUGACUGCAAAAAGAACUUCUGUUCUGUGUGCUCGGUUCUGGAAGAAAACCUCCGACGGUGUUCAACUUGCCAUUUGUUGAGAGAAACUGCAUUCCAAAGGCCACAGCUCAUGAAGCUGAAAGUGAGAGACCUGCGGCAAUAUCUGGUCCUGAGAAACAUUCCAACGGACACAUGCCGUGAGAAGGAGGACUUAGUGGAACUGGUCUUAUGCCACCGAGGGACAGACCUGGAAGAAGACAUGGACACAAGUAGUCUCCACUCCACUGUAUCUUUGUUUGCCACUCCCUCAGAGCCCUCACUUUCUGCCUCUCUGGGCGAAACUCCAAGCCGAAGAGAAAGCCUUGGAGCCGUAAAUGAGGAAGAAGGAGGAACAUCAUCAAUAAAUCAGGAGACAGAAGAAAACGCAGAGCAAGAGGCUACUCCAUUAUCCAGGAAAAGAGCAAGAGCCUCAAUCUCUGACAUAUCCAGCAUAGAAGAUAUUGAAGGUCUAACAGUCCGACAACUAAAAGAGAUCCUGACGCGAAACUUUGUGAAUUAUUCUGGGUGCUGUGAAAAAUGGGAACUUGUGGAGCGAGUCAGCCGGCUCUAUCGAGAAACAGAAGAAAACAAAAAAUCAAUGGAAAAUGUGAAUAGCAGCCUAACAUCAGUGGUACCCACAAAUCCUCAGGCCAUCUGCAGCAGUGGCAGUGCAGAUGGGGAGAAGAUGCACUUUACCAAUGACGACAACCUCUGCAGGAUCUGCAUGGACGCGGUGAUUGACUGUGUGCUCCUGGAAUGUGGCCACAUGGUCACAUGUACCAAGUGUGGCAAGAGGAUGAGUGAAUGUCCGAUAUGUCGACAAUAUGUUGUGAGAGCAGUGCAUGUUUUCAAGUCUUAAGGAUGCAAAGAGAAGAAGGAAAAUGGAAACAAACUUUCAAUGUGUAUUAACCAUGGGGGUAACCAUUGGGGGUGGGGGGCGGAGGACAGUGUCUCUCAUUUUCUUUUGAGCUUUUAAAAUUACUGAUGCUAUUUUAUUUUCAAAAUUUAAUAAUAAAUGAAAAUGUCUACCUGCA